GCUCUAUGGUUUCGAAGCCUCGCGUUUGCCGCCCGAAAGAGUUUGGGAAGCUGCGGCUUAGGUGACUUUUGAGAGUGCUCUAGGCUCUGUAGAUUCUCCGACUUACCCCCAAAGAUGUAUAUGCUGGUUGAAAACCACUCAAAUUCAAUUCUUCAUCUGAAGAGGUCACCUGGUAUCAGGUCUUGGUCUCUCCUUGUAGGGAUCUCUUCUGUAGGCCUGGCUGCUGCUUACUACAGUGAAGAUAGCUGGGGAUGGAAACUCUUUUAUCUUGCUGGUUGUCUCUUUGUAGCUGUGCAAAAUCUGGAAGAGUGGGAGGAAGCUAUAUUUCAAAAAGAUGCAGGGAAAAUUAUCCUAAAGACAUUCAACCUUUACAAAAAGCUACUGACCCUGUCAAGAGCUGGUCAUGAACAAGUGGUGGUUCCACUGGAUGAAAUUCGGGCUGUGAAUGUGGAAGAAGAGAAAGUGCGUUACUUUGGGAAGGGCUACCUAGUCGUGUUGCGCUUUGGCACUGGAUUUUCACAUCCUCUGACGCAGAGUGCAGUGAUGGGCUGCAGAAGUGAUGUUGAGGCUGUGGCCAGGCUUAUUACUGGCUUUCUUGAGCUGAACAAGGUGCCAACUCAUCCAGAUUAUGAGAACAGCAGUGAAUCUGAUGUUAGUGAUGAAGAGGAACCCAAGGACAAAUAAUUACAUGACCACUUAUGGAUGGAAAGCAACAAAUCUCUAGUACAGAACAGAACAUCUUUUCUUUUGAGUUCUAGAUGUUCCUCUUGACUUUUGGCUUUCCAUGUAUGUAUCUUUGCAAAUCUCCAUCUGUAAUUACCAAAUUUGGAAGGAAAGAGGGCCUAGAGGAAACUCUUAUCUUCCAACCUUCUCAGCUCAGUGGAUCUUGAAUUGAAAACUAUUUAGAUUUUUUUUUAGAGGAACCAAAGCAAAAAAUGCUGUUGGCCCAGUUCAGAUGAUCACCUAAACCAGGGGUACAGAACCUCACCUGGGGACCAGAUUCAGCCCUCCAGGUUUACUCAGAAGGCCAUGCCCCCUUCCCUGGCCCCACCCCCUUUUCUCCUGUGAGCAGUGAUUUAUUUUCCAGAAUUUUGUGCAGUUUCUCCCUCCCACUGCCCAUUCUUAAAAGUCAAAAUGCCUCUCCUAAGACUUAGUUGCUGGCAGUAAGAGCUUUAAGUUAAAAUAUGCUGGUAUUGUUGGCCCGAGAGCUUUUCCAAAACGGAAUUUGUCCCUUGGGCUGAAAGAGGUUCUCCACCCUUGACCUAAAUAAUGUCAGGGGGAGAAGAUGAGCCUCAAGACAACCCCACCCCCAUUUCCAUGCAGAAGCUUUUACAUCAGAACCACAAUGUUGCAUUAUGUCCAAACCUGGAACUGUGGUUUUUUUCCUGAAGCAAGUUGGUCAAAGUAAACCAGGAUCUCAAACCAUAGUUAGAACAAACCACAUGUCUGAGUUUAUAAUUAAUACUGGACUGUGGCUUGUAAUUUAAAGAGGAAGCUUUCGCUCUCCUAUUGCAUGCAAAGAAGAGGGUAAGGAGAGCCCAAGGUUUAUUGUGGCUUGUUCCUAAUCAUCAAACCCAUGGUUUAGGUGAUUGUCUGAACCAAACAAUUAUGCUGCCUUACUUGUAGAUACAUCUUUACAAGUCUUGUCAGCUCAUUAGUAGUAUCUGUAUGUUUCUGUAUUUUACCAUGAGUUUGACAGCACUUAAAUUGAACUUUGUAUUACUGCUAUGCAACCUCAAUUUCUGUCUUAACAUUAUUUUCCAAAGGAAAUUUCCAGUGUAACAGAUAUUCAAAUGAUAGAUUUUUUAAAAAAUGUAACUAUUGAAGAUAUUUUUUGUGUCAGAGCUGUAGGUAUGGGUACAAUCUUAAGAUUUUAUUUUGGUUUUUUUUUAUAAAGGAAAGAAUCCCCCCCCCAAGUGAUUUAGCCAGUUUUAUUAAUCUAAAAUAAGUGUUAAGAUCUCUUCUUGGUUUAAAAAUAUAUACCUCACAUAAGAGCUUUUAAGUGUCCUGAUUUACAUGCAUACUUUUUUGUUAUGCUUUUAAGAGUAGAUAUUUUAUAAAUGUCAAGGGUUAGACAACUGUACAUACUUGACAAGUAUAAAUUUGACUUCAGAUCACUCCUACUACUUAAGUGUUUUAAGGUGUCAGUUUUUAAAGUCAACUGUGUUUGAUAAAGUGUGUUUUCAGUCUUCUUACAGGGUGGUGGGGUUUUUUUUUUUUGGUAAAGUUUCCUGCACUUUUGAUAUUUAGUAUUAACUUUUCCAGUUAGAAGCAUGAAUUUUGUGGAAAUCUGAAAGACCAUCCUGUAGGUUCUAGUUUAUUUCAGGUAGGGUACAAUGAAUGGAAAUAAUUUGUUUUCUUGUCACACUUAAGUUCACCAAACUUGUAACAUCAGACAAUGUAUGUAUUUAAGUGUUCUCUAAAACUGGAAUUCACGUGAAAAUUAAUUUGUAUUGCCAUUCAUCAUUACAAUAGAUUUAAAUUCCUUCUAUCUAAAUCAGCUUAUAAUUAAAAGAUUAAAAUAGCAGAUUUCUCAGUAUCAAAUAUUAUCCCUCAAACACAGAUCUAUAGCCUUGGGAUGGUGAAGGAGCCUCAGCUGUAUCUGGAAUUUGUGGCAAUAGCUGUGACUGCCAGUUCUACCUGCUGAGAUUGCUGCAACUUGUUCUAUUGUAUGGGAACUUGAUACUUAUCACUCAUCUUUUAAGGCCCAACUACUGAUAGGUACUCUAUGUAAACCGCCCAGAGAGCUUCGGCUGUAGGGCGGUAUAUAAAUGUAAUAAAUAAUAUAAUAAUAAUGUAGGUGUGUUUCCGCAUUCUGUUUGAAACAACCAAGAGUCUAAGCCUGAGAAACUUUUGGAAGUAUUCAAGGCUUUGAGUUAAACUGGCAAAUUUGUGUGGUCUUUUUCAUAGAUGCUUAAUGUGAUUGCUAUGUGCUCCAGGCCUUCAGGGUGAGGCAGGCUACAAUUCUGAUGAAUGCAUACUUUUGAGGAAAGCUUAGGUUCAAUGCACACUUUUGAGAAAAGCCUAGGUCCAACUCCCGCCUAAAAAUAAAACAUUGGGCUGUAGACUAGCUUUGACCAGACAUUUUGAUUCAUUUGCAGGGACUACUUGACAAAGGUCCUGCCUAGGUGAGACAUAGUAUUUAAACUUGAAAACAUGUUCUGCUUAGGUCUGCUUAGGAAUAAGCAAAAGUGUAAGUGAGCUCCAUAGGACGUUCUGCAUUUAUUUCAUAGCAUGAAGGGUCUGUUGAUAGGCUGGCACAUUUCAUGCUUAGGUUACUACUACAUCUCCAGGUUCCAGCAGCCAUUUAGUACUAUCAUUCCAGCCCUACAAAUGUAAUUUUAAAUACAUAAGCAAUCCUGUUUGAAAUCAAAAGGAACACUUGCUCACUAGAGGUCCAUUAUGCAAAGCGUUUUGUUUUGUUUUCUCUUUGGUACAGUUGUAUGGAAUAACAGCAAUAUGUAUGACAUUCCAGAGGGAAUUGUCUUGCUUUACCAUGUCACACUUUUUCCAAACACAGGCUGCAACCCUAUACACACUUGAACUCAAUUGGUUACUUCUGAGGAGACAUUUAUAAGAUUGCACUGUAUAUAUCUUUGUUAAUUUGCUUUUAAUAUUCUGGCUUCCAAAGCACAGCAGUUUUGACCCAUAACUCCUGAAUGUGGUUUCAGAUUUUAAUGCACUGAUUAGUCAAUUAAAAUUUGUUACAUUGUGGGGAGUAUUAGUUGCGGGGAAUUAGGAAUGUGAUAAAGUUUCCUCCUGAAGUGUUUAUGAAUUCUGAGAUGUCUUAAGAGCAAAAGGGUACUUUUGGCUAGUUUCUUCUUCCUAGUACUAAACUGGAUCUAGGAGUAGCCCUGUUCCAGUAGAGUUUCCACCCUCUUAUACUGGGUGUUUGGGAAAGCAUUACAGUUUUCAGUUGAAUAGUGGAGUUGAAAUUAGGGAGCAGCUGUUGGUUUUAAAAAUUAUUUUGGUUCUAGUGUCUAAUAGGGAACGUUUUUCUCUACAUUCCCUAUUACACACUACAACCAAAAUGGCUAGAGAAAAACUUGAAAGGACUUCUAACAAUGAAUAGUAUCUCCUGCUUGUUAAUUAAAUUGUAAAUUCUUGCAUUAGGCAUCCUCAAAGGCACCAAUAAAGCUUUUGAUAAAAUGCAAAUAUAUUUCAAUGUAACUGAUUUAAAAUCCAACUAAACUAAAAUCAACGAAUCUGCAGUGGUGUAAAGUAACUGAUUAACAAUGUGAAAAAACUUGCAAAGGAAAGCUUGUGUGUGUUUAACUGUUUAAAAAACUGCCUUGUACUUACUUUGGGCAUUUUUAGUACUUUUUGAAAUCUGUUUGUUAUUAAAUUGCUAACAUAUU